AUGCUACCAGAAAGGUUGUCCACACCAGAAACAGAGUACUGCUGGUAUGAAGGAGGACCUCCUCUAUCUUACCUUUCAUUUCCUAUUCCUGACAGUGAAAGACCAUGGGGAAGCACAAAUUGUGCAACAUGCUCUGAACACCGCAGUGGUCACUACUUGAAUGCCAAAGAUCACGCCAAAGAUCACGUCAAAGACUACAGCAAAGGAAAUGGUGCAACAAUGGUGGAAUUCAGCUUGGAUGGCAGAAGUCAAUUUUGCCUGCUUCCAGCCAAGAAUUUCAACCAAUUUGACUCCCAAAAGGCUUUUCAUAAAUGCUCCAGCAAAGAUCCAAAGACACUUGCUACUGAAAUUCAAAAUGCCCUCCUGGGCAAGAGGACAGAGAGUAACACAAGCAAACCCGGAAAAAGAAAGCACUCCUUUACAUCAGCCUCUGUUGCAAAAAAAUGUGCCAUGAGUGAUGGCAUGCAAGAGUCAUGUGACAAGUGUCUUGUUUCAAAAACAUCUCAGAGAGAGAGAGAAGUAGGCCUGGUGAUCGAAGCUGUCGCAAAGAAGUCGUGUACAGAGGCCAUUGAAGCCGAAAAAAGAUGCUGGACCGAUGGGCAAGAAGAAUCCGAGUCGGAUUUUGCAUUUGUCACAGGAGUUGGUUCCCUCAUUGGACUUCAUACAGGCAAAGUUUUAGGGUACAGUACAAGGACAAAGCAUUGUACAGUUUGCAAGGCAGCAGUUAGAAAUGGCAGUGUUCCAAGAAAACAUGAUGGUCAAAAGAACUGGACAGGGUCCUCCAAAGCAAUGGAGCCAGAUGUUGCUGCAGAGGUGACAGUGUCUGCAUCACAACACCAUGGUCAAGUUAACAUACUCGUGGGGGAUGGGGACUCAAGCACCAUAAAAAAGGUCAGAGAGAGUGUGACACAUGAUGUUGAAAAGUGGUCAGACAUAGUGGAUGCUAAAAGGUCGUUUGGAACCUCUCUGUAUACCCUACAGAAGCAUUACAAAGGUAUCCUCAGUAUUAAAGUUAUUAACUACUUGUUGACAUGUUUUGGCUAUGCAUUGUCCCAAAACAAGGGUAAUGUUCAAGGGCUUCAGAAAAACCUAAGAGCAUUUGUCCCUCAUGCUUUUGCAAAACAUGAAAACUCUGACCUAUCUUGGUGUGGCUUCCUCAAAGACCCAGCUACUUACACGCACAAAUCACUCCUGUAUGCCAAUGAUCUCCAAGAUGCAAAGCUUCAGAAAGACCUUGAAGUAGUAGUUGAGGUCUUUGCCAAAAAUGCUGAGAAACUUGCCCCACUUGGCUCAAGCCAGGCAAAUGAGUCACAGAACAACUCUGUAGGAAGCAAGGCUCCUAUAAUCCGCCACUAUGGGGCAAGCAAGAGCAACGCCUACAGAGUGGCUUGUGCCAUCAGCCAAAAGAAUCUUGGGUAUUCUUAUGUUCCAGAGGUAGGUACUGUUGUACCUAGUUUAAGAAAAAUAGAUUUGGUUUACUAGUCUCUCCCAUCUCUCUGAAACUUGAGUACCCCCACUUUUACCUCAUUUAAAGUAGAUGGGUGGUCUGGUAGUUGGCAUAAUAACAAUUUAUCCUUAUUUUCAACCUCAUGUUAUAUUAAAAAAAACAUGUAAUGGUAAAAAUGGUGCCAGGAUUUGUGGGUACCUUGUUUGAUGAACAGGUAUGUCUUUGAAGGGGUAAUAUGUACUGUACAUGUAUGUAUUUAUAGCCUCUCAGGGGUUUGUACCACAGAAACCAGGUUGACCCCUAGACUGGAAUUUGCACUUAUUUAUAUGGUACUUCACUUGACAACUUUACCUUUAAUCCUAACCAAUAAUAUUUUAACAAUUUGACACGAUCUAUUUUUACAAUUGUUUGUUUCACCGAAUAUAUAUAUAUGAUAAAAUACAUCUAAAGCAAAACUGUUUCCAAUUUGUGUUACGUGUACCUUUGUUAUAUUCUAGACAUUGAGUGACAUUCAGUUAUCUCCAGGUGCACAUUGCAAGGUGUGUGCAGAAAGAUUAGACAGAAAGAGAUCCAGGCUUAGUGCUGGGUCAAAGACCAGGGAGUACAAAAAGAAGAGAAGGGAGCACAGAGAGAAGAGAAGUUCUAAAGUCAGGCAGCUAGAAAAUAGAGAAGGGAUCCAUUAUGAAAGUGGUUUGGGUUGGAAUGAAAACUCAGAUUCACCUGCAGAUCAGAUUCCUCCACCAACUGUAAGACCUGAAACCAAACAAGUUACCCCUACAAGUGCUUUGAAGAAAGUUACAAAUGACUUGGAAACAUUUACAAGGGGUAUUUUUAUAUUCUUUACUCAAACAACAAUCAUUUGUUAAAAAAGAACUGAAACUUUAAUUUAAGCAUCUGAUUGUAAGGGUUAAAGUUAGUGUAACAAA